UGAUGUUUAGCUUUGUGACUUUUGUGAAUUGAAAUAAAGAUGGACAACAUACUUAUUUUUCUUUUAUAGAAUGGCUUCAAAUGCCAUUGCAUGUCUGAGUCCCACCAGAGGCAAUUGCUGCUGGCUUCUGAAAAUCCUCAGCAAUUCAUGGAUUACUUCUCUGAGGAAUUCCGAAAUGAUUUCCUAGAACUGCUCAGGAGGCGAUUUGGAACGAAGAGAGUCCACAAUAACAUUGUAUACAAUGAAUAUAUCAGUCAUCGAGAACACAUCCACAUGAAUGCCACGCAAUGGGAGACACUGACUGAUUUUACUAAAUGGUUGGGGAGAGAAGGUCUUUGCAAGGUUGAUGAGACUCCAAAAGGCUGGUAUAUCCAAUAUAUUGAUAGGGACCCAGAGACUAUUCGCAGGCAGCAAGAACAGGAAAGGAAAAAGAAGCAGGACCUUGAUGAUGAAGAAAAAACUGCUAAAUUCAUUGAACAGCAAGUUAGAAGAGGUUUGGAGGGCAAGGAACUGGAAAAGCCAGUCUAUACUGAACUGAACAGGGAAAAUGAAGAAGAAAAAGUUGCAUUUAAUUUAAACAAAGGAGCAAGUACUUCAAUAGCAGCAUCUUCUAAAACAAGCAGUGUCCUUGGACCAAAUGCACUGAAGAUGGUGGAAGGGGCAGUUAAAAGAAAAGAAUCUUCUCAUAGCUCUGGUCAGUCCAAAGAGAAAAAGAAGAAAUCUGCACUGGAUGAGAUUAUGGAGCUUGAAGAAGAGAAGAAAAGAACAGCUCGAACGGACUACUGGUUGCAGCCUGAAAUCGUUGUAAAAAUUGUAACAAAAAAACUUGGAGAGAAGUAUCACAAGAAGAAGGCAGUUGUUAAGGAAGUAAUUGACAAAUACACGGCAGUUGUGAAGAUGAUUGAUUCUGGGGACAAACUGAAGCUUGAUCAGACGCAUCUGGAGACUGUAAUACCGGCACCAGGCAAGAAAGUUUUGGUAUUAAAUGGUGGUUACAGAGGAAAUGAAGGCAUCUUGGAAUCUAUUAAUGAGAAGAGCUUUUCAGCAACUAUAACUAUUGACUCCGGACCUUUAAAAGGACGCCGAGUUGAAGGUAUCCAGUACGAAGACAUUUCCAAACUUGCCUGAGGUGCUAAUUGUGGAUCAGAGAUGAUUUUGGUUCCUCCAAACAACUUUCUGGCAUCUUGCAGGCAGACACAAGACUCUACCAUGUCAGGGUUUUAACUGUGUGUGUAUAUGUAUUUAUAAUGUACAUAGAAAUGAACCACAAACAAACUGGAUUUAUUUAAAGAUCACUAUAAAUUUGCUACAUAAAAUAUUUGUGGAAAUCUUAUCAGUGGAAAUAUUUCAUCUGGUUCUGUAUCAAAGUUAUGUUAUAAUAUUUGAUUCGAUUUCCUUCUGUAAAAUGUAGCAGAUAGCUGCAAGCUGUAGUAUUUUAUUUAGUAAACUAUUUUAGGAGUUCUGUAAAAUAGAGAAUUACCUACAAACAGCUGCUGGAGGCAGGCAGUGUAUGUUGGAGCCGGUGGAGUUCAAACAACACAUUUUUCAGUCUGCAGCCAAAAUUGAGUCUUGGCUGUAGGAACAAGGGAAGGGAUUAAGAGAAUAGCAGGAAGGUAAGAGCGCUGCAGGGGAUUUUUUCUUGGGUUUCGUAAGAAUGGUCUAGGUUAUUAAAUGCUGUCACCAACUUAUUUUUAGUUAGCACGUCAGCUGUAAUAGAAUCUAUUUAAUCAGUCCUCUCCAUCAGCCUCUGAUCUUGUUGUCAGGUUUUCUACUAAUACCAAUAUGCAGCUUGCCUGCAUAUGGACUCCAAGUUGGAUGUUACUUUUGGGACUGCAAAGUCGCCAACCUAACUGUGUGCAGAUAUGAAAUCAGUGAUUGCUGUUUUGGCUUUCUAGAGCCUUUUCCUUUGGUCAUAUUUCCGUUGUUUCCUUGCUUUGCUACAGAUGCUAAAUGAGUAACGUUACUUUUUUACUUAUUGAAAAAUGUGACAUUUUGUACAAUAUUUUAUUUUUAAGGCAAUUCGGGAAUAAACCUGAACCUCUCUCAGAUCAAUGUAUUCUUUAUCAGCCUCUGAAAAUGUUGGCCAGAGCUCUGUUUGUUUAUAUCUGCCAAAGAGCACAGUAAAUAGGUGCCCAGCUGGUGCUCUGCAUUAUUCACCUAAGAGAAAGAUGUUAAGUCAUCCCAGACAAAAUACAAACCAAUAUCUUACGGUCCAGUCUUUCUCUGAUUGAUCUAAACCCUGAUGGAAAGAAAACCACUAAUCUGGAGCAGAUCUCAGCUGUGUGGAGAGCUGUGGUGUCUGCUGCUCCAGGGCUUCUGCCAUCAGCACUUUUUGGGGAGGCUGAGCCUUAGGAAUAUGGGGAAGGUGAGAAGGGAUAACCUUUGCCUGGGAAGUAAUGCUUGGAUUUCCCUGCUAGCACAGCAGUUGUCUGUAGCUGAGCAAAAUCCUUCCAAAAGGCUUGGUUUGUUCUCAGGAGAUGGGCUCAUCCCCUUCCUUCGUGGCUGAGGGUUGGAUAGGACAAGAUGCCGUCGCGAGGUGCACAUCAGUUAUGUUGCAGCCUAAAAGUUCAGGGCAGCUAGAGGCAAAGUCACUGUUCCCUGUCCCUUCUCCUGCCUCAAAGCAUCACUUUCUUGCUGAUUUGUGGUUUCCAGGGGACCCCUGGAGGAAAAUUCAAAGACUGCAAAGGUGUAAUCCAACAGCUGCUUCCUGGAAUAGCCUGAAAUAAUCUUAUGCAGCGUAUCACAUGGCUUUCCACGGACCCAGGACAUAAACGCAAGGCAGAGUCGAGCAGUAAAGCAGUAUCUAGAAAUGGAGAAUUAUGAGGAAAGGAACUGAGGACAGAAGAGAGGACACACUUAUCUAUAAAUUCAGGUUGUGCCUGCAGCUUGAAUUGCGUAAGCAGCUGUCUGCCUCUUCUCAAAGAACAAGUACAGAACGAGAAGAGCUUCUAGGGGAGAAGUAAGGCUAAGUGAAAGUACGGAACAGCUCCUGUAUCAAGUGAAAAUAAUUAGACUUAAAAUUCUGCAGCCUGAAAAAGUGAGGAGGAAUACACUAGAGAUGUGCAGUUAUGAACUGUGUGGAGAUGAACAGAGCGUGAUUCUUCACUGCUUGCUUUUGCAUACGAAUGGGGAAGCAGACAGUGACAUUACUGAGAAGGGGAUUAAAAAACAAAACUGGCAAGCUGUUCUUUCCCUCCUGCCAUGCAGAGAGGACCUUGUUAAAUUUUGGAACUCAUUGCUGCAGGAUAUUGUGGAGGCCAAAGAUGUAAAAGAGUUCAAAGAAACAACGAAUAGUUGGUAGGGAAAUUGUGAACGCUUCUGAGAAUUACUUUGGCAAGAUACUUAAUACACGUUAAUCCUCUCACGCCUGACACCAUGUCUGCAGGAAAGAUCAUGGAGCAGUCUCCAGUUCAUAAGCGAGGGAAACUAAAGUUCAGAAUUGCAAGUAGAUUACUUGAAUUCCCCCUCUUAUAUUAGGGCUGCCGAGAAGAACCUGGCCAACGUUGUUUUCUAAGGCUGCCUGAAAGCAGCCCUUUAAAUCUGGAUCUAGGUACAUACAUGUACAUGUUUAUUUCAAUACUGAUUGCAUUCAUUGCUGGAUACUCCUCAAGACAACUGUUGGGAGCUAAUCCCACUGGAAGGGAAGCUUUUAGUGCUGCUGCUGAUUUCUAUAUAGCCUGAAUUUGAGGCUCUUCCUCCUACUUUCCCAGAUUGGUAUCUGGAUGUAAACUGCAGGAAAAUAGCACCGUUGACAUUUUCUCAGGAAAACAGGCUGGAGGAACUCUCAGGCUCACCUAAUUCAUCUUCCUGCGAUAUGGCAGCAUCAGCUAUUUCAAGGUCAUUUCGGGCAGCUGUUUAACCCAUCCUUAAAGACCUCCAUUUCUGGAGAACUGCAUGCCUUUUUGAUGACACCUGUACCAGAGCCGCCCAUGUUCCUCGUUUGUUAGAUUUCCCUUAUAUCUAAUGCACAUCCUCCUGGCUGUGGUUUUAGACGCAUUGCUUUUUGCCCAGUGUAACAGUGCAUUAACUCACGUUUUCCCAGCACGCUGAAGAGGCAAAGUGUAACUAUUAAAUCUGGUCAUGUAUGUUACUCACAGUACAGGAGCUACAACACAUUUACAAGUCUACUAAGAAAUGUAUAUUAUAAAAUAGCUGAAAUUUUUACUGGAGUAUUAAUAUCCACUAAAUCAGACAUGGCAAGUACAAGAUAUCUACUGCAAUCCAGCAUGACUCUUUAUUACAGAAUUAUUAUUAUUUUUUUUAAACAGAAAGGGGAGUUAAAUUGCUUUGAAACACUGAUCACUCAUAAAGCAGAUGGUUGCGAAGUCACCUUUGGUUGAUCUGGCUUGUCAGGCUGAAGAUAGUGUUCAGAAUAGUUGUUUGGGGCAUGAAGGACCAAAAAGGGAUUUUUUUUUUUUUUUUUUUGGU